AUGUCUACCGAUGUGAAUGAGUCUCAUGACCUCUGUAUUGACGUGCACAAAGUCCAAAGUUUCCUCUUGACCAAUGCUCGAAUAGUGGACUAUCCCAUAGUAUACUGCAACGAGGGAUUCGCCAAAAUGACUGGAUACAGUAGGGUGGAUAUAAUGCAAAAGAGCGGGAAUUGCUCCUACCUCUGUGGUGAUCAAACAACUCAGGAGAUGAAGGACCGACUGAUGCAAGCUCUGGAUAGCCAAACCAAGGAGCAGCUGGAAAUUUUGCUCUAUAAGAAGAACCGAACCCCACUCUGGUUGAUGGUGCAUAUUGCUCCGGUUGUGAAUGAGCGGGCCGAGACGGUAUUGAUACUUCUCACUUUUCGCGACAUAACGGCCUUGAAAACACCCCUGGAUGAUGAGGAUUCAAACAAAGCGGGUUUGAAUAAGUUUGCCCGACUGGCGCGAUCGGUGACGCGGAACCGGACAAUGUUGCAGCAGCAGGUAGCAGCCAGUGCAACCCCCACGCCUCAGCCGACAUCUGGGGCGCCACCUGACUGGAAUCUCCUCAGCCCUGAAAUGGCCGAUACAAGGCAUUCCAGUCGAUCUCCUGGCUCCUCCAUUUCACGAACCCCCUCGCCACAUCCGGGCGAAGAACACAGCAUCCUCUCACCCACACCAAAAGCUCAAGCAGAUUUAGAGAAGGGUGCUGCGGUUGAUAUUGCCAAUAUUCGCCUAACGCACUAA